UAGCAAUUAAAGUCAUCGGUUGUAAUCGAUUUCUUACCAGUUGAAACCAAAACAAUAGGAGAUGUCCCUGGCUAGUAGAAUACUGCAACAAGGCUCCCGCUUGUGGAACGGCCUCAGCGCCGCGCGUGGUUUCCACCUUCUCAUUCGGCCGGCGGCUCCUGCAAGUGUAUCGAUGCAAAACACACAACUUGUGGCCGCCACAACUGGGAUUGCUCAGACGUCGGGACUGCUGACACCUGGCUCCACUUUGGUCCAGCAGGUGGCUGGAUUCAAGGUUAAGGGCCGCCUGAAGCGACGCUGCAAGGACUGCUACAUCGUGGUGCGCCAGGAGCGCGGUUAUGUCAUCUGUCCCACGCAUCCACGCCACAAGCAGAUGUCGAUGAAGAAGCGCGACUACAAGUCCUGGAUCCUGACGCACGCCACACAGUCCAAGGAGCGCGGCUACUAGACCUAAUUAGGCAUUAAUAAAAGCAUUUGUUUCAAUAUGUUCUUAAAUACAUAAAUAAUAAAACGAAAAAAACAUCCAA